AUGAUAGAAGACUUUGAUGUUUGGUGGCUGUUGAGAUCUGAUUGCUGGUUCGAUGAGCACGAGCACGAGCACGAGCACGAGCACGAGCACGAGCACGAGCACGAGCACGAGCACGAGCACGAGCACGAGCACGAGCACGAGCACGAGCACGAGCACGAGCACGAGCACGAGCACGAGCACGAGCACGAGCACGAGCACGAGCAUCACAGCGUUGUUUCGGGGAGCGUUUCGCGUGGCAGGAAGGGCAACGCGGCAGCAGCUUACUAG